AUGGCCGACCGCACUUCAGUGGAGGUGGUGGAGGAGUCGCCACGGGUUCAGUUGGCGACCAAGUCGAUGUGGCAGUCACUCUAUGAUAACCCAAAGGUCUUGCUGAUCGCAUUUUUCGCCUCUCUCGGUGGAUUUGAAUAUGGAUACCAGCAGGGUGUCCUCGGCCAAAGUCUGGUCAUGACUCGCUUCACAGAGAACUUCCCCUCCGUCGUGGCGUCAACAUCGGCGACUGGCUGGCUUACAUCCAUUCUGCAAGUCGGUGGUAUUAUCGGCUCCCUUGCCGCUGGUGUCCUGGGUGAAAUCAUCUCUCGAAAGUAUACCAUGUUCAUCGCCUGUUGCUGGGUCACUCUCGGUUCAUACCUCUACAUCGGUGCCACCGCUGGCAACCCUGCGCUUCUGUACGCUGGCCGUUUCUUCACUGGUUUGGGUGUGGGUCUGUUCAGUGGUGUUUCUGGACUGUACAACGCAGAGAUUUCACCUCCAGCCAUGCGUGGUCUCCUCGUCUCCUUCUACCAACUUGCCACCAUUCUCGGCAUCAUGAUCUCCUUCUGGGUUGGAUACGGCAGCAACUACAUCGGCGGCACUGGUGAAGGUCAGUCCGACCUCGCCUGGCGCUUGCCUUCAAUCAUUCAGGGUAUCCCUGCUGUUUGCCUGGCCUGUGGUAUCUGGUUCAUGCCCUUCUCUCCCCGUUGGCUCGUCAAGAAGGGCCGUGAUGAGGAGGCCCAGGCGACACUGGCUUGGCUGCGCAAGCUGCCCAUCGAUGACGACCUGGUCCAGAUCGAGUACUUGGAGAUCAAGGCCGAGGCUGUCUUUGAGGAGCGCGCCUUUGCCAAGGCGGCGCCUCAUCUUGCGGAGCGUGAGCGUCAGAGCGUGUGGAUGAACCAGUUUGCGCAGUACGCCAACUGCGUUCGCUCCAUGGACAACUUCAAGCGUGUCGGCAUUGCUUGGCUCAUCAUGUUCUUCCAGCAGUGGAGUGGUAUUGACGCGAUUAUCUACUAUGCCUCCAACGUUUUCCAGUCGCUCGGCCUGACCGGCGGCACCAUUGCUCUCCUGGCCACCGGUGUCACUGGUGUUGUCUUUUUGAUCUCUACCAUCCCUGCCAUGUUGAUUAUCGACAAGGUUGGCCGUAAGCCCAUGCUGAUCGUUGGCUCCAUUGUUAUGUUCUGCAGCAUGGUCAUUGUUGGAAUCAUUGUGGCCAAGUACCAGCACGACUGGCCUGGCCACGUCGCCGCUGGCUGGACUGCCGUUGCUCUCAUCUGGUUGUACAUUGCCGGUUUCGGUGCCACCUGGGGCCCUUGCUCGUGGACUCUUGUUUCCGAAAUCUUCCCUCUUUCAAUCCGUGCCAAGGGUGUCUCCAUCGGCGCCUCCAGCAACUGGAUCAACAACUUCGCCAUUGCCUUCUUUGUGCCUCCCAUGCUGCAAACCUGGCAGUGGGGCACCUACAUUUUCUUCGCUGCCUUCCUCUUCGUCGGCAUCUUCUGGGUUUGGUUCUUCCUGCCCGAGACCAAGAAUGCCAGUCUCGAGGAGAUGGACCGCGUCUUUGGCAGCAAGAAGAACCAGGAAGACGCCGCCUUGCUGCGCGAGGCCCAGCGGGAUGUUGGUCUGACUGCCUUUGUUGAGCGACUGGGAUCGCCCAGCACUGGGGACUUGGAAAAGAAGCACGGCUCCGACUAUGUCGAGUCUGUUUAA